AGCUGUGCGGCGGACUGAUCUUCUGCUGCCUGCUGAUCGCUGUGAUCAGCUCCAGGGUGCAACACACACCUGGACAGCACAGAGACCCGGCCCGUCAGGUCGGCGUCCUCGCCACGAGGCUCCGUCGCGGGCAGGUGAAGAUGGGGGAGGGGCUAAGGGCGAAGCUGCUCCGAUUGGACGAGCUGUCCGGGGUGGAGAACGACGUGAUGGAGCCGAAGCGGAAGAGGAGUUUCCCCGGAAACGGCACGCCGCUGGACCGCCUGUCGGUGAGCUCCAUGGAAACCAAGCAGUCGCCUAACAAGCAGAGUAAAGCAGUGGCGUUACCACGGCGACGAGUGAGCCCGCCUCCCAUCGACCGGAUCGGGAUGAGCCGUCUGCCUAUGAGUCGAGGAUAGGCCCCGCCCCUUCCGCUGAGACCCCGCCCUUCAGAGAGCUCCACCCCCUGGAUAGACGCAGGACAGGCAAACACGUAGCCACGCCCACCAGCUUCAAGCCCCGCCCUCUCGAGAUGGUACAUUCAGGUGCUGCUCUGUACAUCCCAUAAGCCCGACGAAGAGGACCAGAGACGGGUUCUUUUGUUUCACAGCAACAAAACCUUUCAGCACUGUGACGACGCGACUGUUCACUCCUUGUACUCUUUUUAAGGUCUUUCUCUGAGCUGUCAAAAAGUGGAACCGUGUUUUCUUGUUCUUCAGUAACUUAA